AUGGUCUCGCUUCAUAACCCUUUUAGUAAGGGAGAUAAGGAGAAUGAGCCGCCGUCCGACCCUAAACAAGUCCAGAAGGAUUUUGCGCACGAGCUAGAAGCGGAAGGUGCGGACGUCAAUGUCUUUGACGAGAAUGCCUCGCCUGAGCAGAAGGCGCGAGCGGCCGCCAAGGCGCGUCAGGAUAUCCAACCUCGCGGUGAGAUGGCUGAGCUUCAGGAAGAGAAGAAGCGUAAGGAGAUCGAGAUACUCAACCGUGAGUGUUCCUCUGAUCUUCAAGGUCGUCGUGUGCGUGCGGAUGUCGGUAUUCGUGACAUUGACGAGGCGAGUCGUCAGCGUGGCCAGCUAGGCGGGGAGUUGCUUGUGCCUGGUGCGUUGCCAGCGGGUUCUCCGUCUGUCAAUAUCCCUGACUGGUACACGGUCGGCUGGAUUGGUGUAUCGCGUCGUAUGCUCGGUAUGAAGCCUGAUGAGCUGGAUGUGCAGCGUGCGCAGUUGCGUGACACUGACAUUGUGAGCUCGUUCCUGGAAGAUGCGUACUAUGGGUACCUAUGGUUUGACGCAGGUGCAAUUGUUGGCGCUGUCAUCGUGACCUACCUCAUGACGCGUUUUGGUGCUGGUUGGGGUAUGGCGAUCAUUAUUAUGGCCGUGGCAGGCACGUACUACACGACCUCCGUGCGUCGCACACGGCAGCGUGUGCGCGAUGAUGUGGCACGCGAGCUUGCGCGUCACCGCAUGAUCUCUGAGAACGAGACGGCGCGUUGGAUCAACCACUUCCUGGCGCGGUUCUGGCUCAUUUACGAGCCUGUGCUUUCGGCCACCAUCAUUCAAUCGGUCGAUGAGGUGCUGCGUGAUAAUACGCCUGCAUUCCUUGACUCGCUGCGCCUGACCACGUUUACUCUCGGUACCAAGGCUCCGAUUGUGGAGUAUGUGCGUACGUUGUCCGACACGGACGACGACAUUAUUGUAAUGGACUGGAAAGUCAGCUUCACGCCCAGUGAUGUGGCUGACCUGACUGUGCGUCAGGCCUCGCGACGAAUCAACCCGAAAGUGGUGCUCACGAUCCGUGUCGGUAAAGGUAUGGUCGGCGCUGGUCUGCCGAUUCUUGUGGAAAACAUGAGCUUUGUGGGUACUAUGCGUAUCCGCCUCAAGCUGAUUUCCAGCUUCCCUCACGUGCAGAUGGUCGAUUUGUCGUUUAUGGAGCCGCCCAGCUUUGACUUUGAGUUGAAGCCCAUUGGUGGUAGCACCUUCGGCCUGGAUGUAGCGGCGUUGCCGGGUCUCUCGGGCUUUAUUCAGAACCAGGUGCAUGCGUCGCUUGGUCCGAUGAUGUACAACCCGAACCAAUUCUCGCUGAACUUGGAGGAUAUCAUGUCGGGUACGCCUCUCGAUGCUACAGUUGGUGUGCUGCAAGUCACCAUUUGGUCGGCGCGUGAUCUGCGGCGUGUGUCGGUCAUGGGCGGCGAGCCGGAUCCCUAUGUGUCCAUCUCGCUGAACGAUGGCAAGGAGAUUGCUCGAACGGGUGCCAAGACGGCUAUUUCGCAGCCGACGUUCAAGGAGACGAAGCAUGUGCUGCUGAAAGAGCUGCAAGGUCUGCUGUCGCUCACAGUCAUGGACGACAAUGGCAGCCGCCCUGAUACGCGUCUCGGUGUGACACGCUUUGACCUGUCAUCGCUCAUGCAAAACCCAAAUCCUGGCCAGCUGAACAAGGCGAUCAUGUAUGACGAGAAGCCCAGUGGUUCGGUGCAGUACUCGCUGAGCUACUUCCCAGUGCUCAAGCCUGAGAGUGCGCCGGAUGGCACGCUGCUCCCGCUGCCGGAGACGUCGGCGGGUAUCAUGCGCCUGACGCUGCACCAAGUCCGUGACUUGGUCCCCUCCAAGACGCUGGAGGGCUUUAUGCAUCCCAAGGCACGCCUCUCGCUGAACAAGAAGCUCAUCAAGGAGACGGCUGUGAUCAAGGAUACCCAUGACCCGAUCUUUGAAGAGGUGCUGGAGUUCUUCAUUACAGAUCGCUAUGGCAGUACCCUUACCGUGGACAUUGUCGAUGCGCGUCCGCUGGCCAAGGACGCCGUGGUCGCCUCGCUGAAUGUGCGUGUCGACGAUAUUGUGCAUGCUCGGCAGCGCAAGCAGGACUGGUUCCCCUUCCCGAACAACGAUCGCGCGCGCUUGCGCAUGUCGGGGCAGUGGAAGCCUAUCUUGAUGUCGGGCAGCAUCAACGGCAGCAACAGCUACCGCCCUGCGAUUGGUGUGCUCAAGUUCUGGGUGCGUCGUGCGAAGGACCUGAAGAAUGUCGAGGCUCUUUCUGGCGGCAAGUCGGAUCCUUAUGCGAUGCUUCGUGUGAACAAUUUGGUGGUCAGCGGCACGAGUGUGAUUGACGACAACCUGAACCCCGUGUGGAACCAGGUGCUGUAUGCGCCUGUGCACUCCACCGCGGAGGUGGUGCGGUUGGAAGUCAUGGACUACCAAACCUCGACGGCCGACCGUACGCUUGGCUACUGCGAUCUGCCUGUGAGCAAGCUGGCCAGUGACAAUGUAUCCGACAGCACGUAUCCAUACCAAGGUCUGGGUCGUCAGGCGCACCAUGAGCCGCUGCGCCAGCCGAACGGCACGACCAAAGGCACGAUUGACUUUGAUGUGGAGUUCCUUCCGUCCAUGCACGUGCGCGGAGCGAACUUCUUGGAGCAGAACCGCCGCCUGGAAGCGGAGCGCCGCAAGGCCGAAGGUCGGGCUGCGCCGGCCGCGCAAAACUCGCUCUUUGACUCGCCGGAUGCGAUCGAAGCGGCGGGUGGUGCGACGCGUGCUGGUCACGCGACUACGUACGACGAUGACAUGGAAGAUGACGAUCCAGAUGCUGGUAUGGACUUUACGAAUGAGCAGCUGCUCUCGUGCCCCUCGGGCAUUGUCGUGUUCAACAUGAUCUCGGGCAAGAUCGCACGGCCUCGUGCGCAGUUGGAGGUCGUAUUUGAUGACGCGUACUGGCCGGCGUACACGACGGAGCGACGCAAGGCGGAGUACGACUGGGAUGAAGUCGGUGAGGCGGUGGUUCGUGAGUUGGAUGUGUCGAAUGUGUGGUUCCGUCUGCGUACAGGUCCGCGCGACUCGGAUGUGUUUGCCGAGUGCUCGAUGCCGACCAAGCAGCUGCUCGACGGCACGCUGGACGAGCCCAUGGAGCUGACGUUGUCGGCUACGGGUGAAAAUGGCUCGAUGGAUCCGUCGCAGCUGCUGAAUAAGCCCGGCAAGCUGCAGCUGGAUGACAUGAAGAUGCAUGCGCCGUCGAUGAGUGACAUUACCGCGAUGCCCGGCAAAGCCGUGGAGAAGGGUCAGUCAGUGGCGACCAAGGGCAUGGAGAUGACGUCGCAGCUGGGUCAGGGUGAGAUCUUUGCGGCCGACGGUACGAGCAAGAUCAAGAUUAGUUGCCGCUACAUCCCGAUGGAUGUCCACUUGGAGCCUGUGGAGAGUGUCGUGAACCAGGGUCUGCUCUCGAUCGAAGUGCUUUCGUGUGCGAACCUUUCAGUGGCCGACCGCGGCGGCAAGUCGGAUCCGUACGUGCUCUUCCAGGACAACGGCGUGACUGUCGCACGGACCAAGACCGUGAAACGCAACUUAAACCCGACGUACAACGAGCAGCUGCCCGAUGUGUUUAUCCAGUCGCGGCUGACGCACGAAUAUGUUUUCAAUGUGCGUGACUGGGAUCAGGUGGGCGCGUCCGACCCGCUGGGCAAGGCCGUUGUGAACCUGGCGGAGCUGGAGCCGUUUGAGACGUACGAGCGGACGUACCCACUCACAGGCGAAGGCGCGAACGAUGACAGCUCGAUCACCGUGCGUCUGAUGUUCCAGCCGCAGUACCUCAACAACCGUACCCACAAGCUGAACCGGCACUUGGUCGGCGACGUCGCUUCGAAUGUCAUUGGCGGCAUUGGCGGCCUGGGCCGCGGCGUAGCGACGGGCGGCAAGACGUUUGGCCGUGGCAUCAUGGGCGUCGUGGGCCUUGGCAAGAAGGGCAAGGACGAGGAGGAUGCGGAGGCCGCUGCGAUGGAGUACGCGGCGAUGCACCAACCGCCUGAGGCUGCGGGCAGCAUGUCUCCAGGGCCCGCCGGCGGCGAAGCGCAUCCUCACCACCAUGACGUCAUGUCGAUGCACUCACGGCAGGGCGGUGGCGAUGCUGGCUCCAUGCAGGAGACAGUGAGUCUCAUGGAAGGCGGUCAGCAUGCUCGUCGGCGUCAUCGUCUGCACAAUCCUUUCAAGAAGCGUACAUAG